GAACGAGGCUCUGACGGUGCUGACGGUCAACAAGGAGAACCCGGCUUGAUGGGCACUAAAGGCGAGAUGGGCAAGAUGGGACUUCCUGGGGCUCCUGGCAAGCCGGGCCCCAUGGGUCCGGCAGGACUUCAGGGGGACAUUGGCCUCCCCGGCGAGAAAGGAGACAAGGGACAGCUGGGACCAGAAGGUAUCCAGGGACCUACGGGACCUCCGGGGCCGUCCGGGUCGCCGGGACCUGCCGGUCUGCGUGGAUCUCCUGGUCCUGCUGGCGACGUCGGACCCCCGGGAUCGGUCGGUCCUCCUGGUCAAACUGGAAGUAUGGGACCCCCAGGUGACAAAGGCAUGAAGGGUGACAGAGGCAAGCGAGGAUUCAAGGGCCACCAGGGCCCUCUUGGUCGGGCGGGAGCCAAGGGAGACAUCGGCGAGAAAGGGGAGAAAGGGGAAAGAGGAGAGACGGGACUCCCAGGCGUCCCGGGCCCACAGGGCGCCAUCGGACCAGAAGGCCCGAAAGGAGCUGACGGUCCACAAGGAGACCCCGGACCCGAAGGCAUUGCUGGUCCUAAGGGAGUCCAGGGUCCAGCUGGGGCGAAAGGAGAGACAGGACCGCCUGGGUUACAUGGGCCACCGGGACCUCCAGGUGAAGGGCCUCAAAUUCCACCAGAGAUGCUCUUUCAACGAGACCGAUCUCGCUUCAAACGCGACCUCUCCGAAACCAGCAUCGACGACGGCGAGGACAACCAGGAAGACUACGACAACACUGCCAACGAAGAUACCAUCGACAACUCUACACUGCCGGAAAGCCAGAAGAAGAACCGCACGGCCGACAUCCACAAGACGCUCACCCACAUAUACGCCAACGUUUACGUACUGCGUAAGGAAAUCGAGCACCUCCGGCAUCCCGUGGGCUCCAAACGCAACCCCGCCAGGACGUGUCGCGACCUCCGGUUCGCACAUCCGGACUUUGAGGACGGCUGGUACUGGAUAGAUCCGAACCUGGGCGUCGCAGACGACGCCGUCCGCGUCUUCUGCGGCAUCACGUCCGGCGGAGAGUCGUGCGUGUACGCGGACGGAGACGUGAGCUCCGUCCGUUUGUCCAAGUGGGACAAGGGGACGCGGGACGCGAAGAAUAAGACGUCGUGGUUCAGUGAGCUCAAGGGAGGCUUCAAGCUAAGGUACGGUGCGAUCGGGGAUGUUCAGCUUCGGUUCCUUACCCUUCUGAGCACUGAGGGAUACCAGAAUUUCACGCUCGUCUGCACCAACGUGAACGCCUGGUACAGCCAGAAAAGCAAAGACCACGGAAACGCGCUUCGGUUCUUGGGUCACAACGAAGAGCUGAUGACGUAUAAGAAAAACAGUCCUAUGGUAUCCUUGGAUGACUGCCAGUACAGGGACGGCAAGACAAUUUUCGACUUCAAAACCAAGCGACCAGCGACACUGCCACUCGUGGACUUCCAGCCCAUCGACUUCGGAGGGGAACACCAGGCCUUCGGCUUUGAGUUAGGGCCUGCCUGUUUUCGAUAGAAGUCACCGCAAUAAAGUGAACGCUUGCCCAAGUUGGAAGGGAUGGAA